AUGGCUCACCAAACCAGUCCUCGCAAGCGGUUGCUCGACGAUGAGGACGACGACACAUCCAUCUUCAUCGAUGAUCCCAACCUUGCGUAUGAGGACAGAGUACACGGCGCCUCCUCCGGAAUCGACAAUCUGCUGGCCACGGGCACACACAUCCUUCGCGACCUGGCUGAACAGGAUGAAACCAUGAAGGUGAGCAACGCCCGUGCCGCCCUUGCUAGCGUGCCGUCCUUGCUGUCAGAAUACAACGGCGGCUGCUUGACGUGGGCCAUCGCCUAG